AUGGAAAGUAGGAACUUAGAUCGAGAAAUAGUAGGAAUACUUUUUCCAGGAAUUGUUAAAAAUGAUGAGAAAGCCCUUGCAUGCAUAGGUGGAAUCAGAGGCCUUUCAAAUGUUUAUAGUAAUAUGAGUAAAAAGCGUCUAGGGCUAAGCUACCAACCAGAUAAUCCAUUUAUCAGAAAAAUAUAUGCAACAUCUAAGAAAUCUGCAGGCGUUCUCCUAAAGGUCAAAGUUAAGAAAACUAAAGUGGGCAAUGAAACAAAGAGAGAAGUAGUAUCAACAUCUGUUAUGGGAUCUGUAAAGAUAAUGUUUAAAUUUGAUUCAUUAGGUGACUUCCAAUAUAUGCCUGUCCAUAGAGAUGAACCACCAGAUUCUCCAUUAAAGUGUAUCUUAGAUGACAUACUGCCAUCAGGAUUAGAUAAUUACAGUUUUCUAUCAGAACCUGCACCACUCUUUUUAAUACCUCCCAGCUUUACAAGGUUUGAAAGGCCCAUUCGGUACACUUACACUGAGAAAAGGUACCUUAUGGACCGAUCAUCACCAGACACUAGUGAGCGUGAGAGUGUUCACAGCAAAGUUAGGUCGUUGAGAGGUACAAAUGCUGCUCCAUACAUAUUUAGUCUGACAGAUGAACUACCAACUGAACCAAAUGAGAGUACACUGAAAAUAAAGGCAUUCAAAGAAGAAAUUAGUCCGUCCUUGAAAAAGGAAUUUGAAAUAGUCAAAAAGCUCUUUGAAGAGAGACCAAUUUGGUCUUUGAAUUUGGUAAAAUUCACCACAAAGAUUCGUGGAGCUUCAUUGAAGAUCAUAAUGCCUUGUCUGGCUCUCUACCACAAAACUGGCCCAUGGCGCACUAUGUGGGUUCGAUUUGGAUAUGACCCUAGAAAGGACCCUGCUUCUAGAAUAUAUCAAACCUUAGACUUCAGGUUGAGACAUGGACAGGGUAUACGAACGCUGAUCAUGUCCCGCGAGGAGCCGUCGGCGCGGAGUACGGAGCAGCCUAGGCCCAGCAAACGGAUGCAUAAUCCUGAGCCCUCGACCUCUGACGAUGUGGUCGAGGCCAACGUGUUCUUCCGCCCCGACACCGUGCCUACGCAGAGACACAUAUUGUAUCAAUACUGUGACGUCAAGAUACCUGAGGUACAAGACAUUUUGACUGAGGCCCCUCCACCGGGGUACCUAUGCCACGAAAAGCGAGGCUGGCUACCCGCCUCGGCUGACGAAAUUGCACGAGACCAUAUGUUCAAAUACGUCAAGCAUACUUUGUUAUCAUCAACUAACGCCGAUCUCUGUAAACUUGAGCAAGGGGGCGGUAGUGAUAGCGAGGAGUCUAAUUCGGAUGAUAAUGAUGACACACGAACAAGUGAAUUAGAUAACUUAGAAGACCAAACAGAUGACCUGUGA